CGAUGUCUGAGGGGUAGCCCGGGAAGGGUUCGUCGAGGCCUCUCGGGUGUCUCGUCGACGGGGCUGCGGGGGUCCUCUGGGCUCGGCCAGGGGCGGUCGGCACCGGAGGAGGCGGGCGCUUGGUGGCCCAGCUGUGGGAGUUUUCGGCUAGCGUCCAGCGGGGAAUUAUCCGAGGAGCCCUAACUUGUAUAAAAGCAGAGUCCAUUUAAAGUUGGGCUGGAUAGCCUCUCUCUCAUUGGUUAGGGGGCUUGGAAAAAAGAGACUCGGCGAGCUCUCGCUGUGGUGCUGCCGCCGCCGCCGCCGCCGCCGCUGGAGUUGACUCUUCUGCUCGCACUGCUGCUGCAGCACAAACGUGACUUCCAACAUUUUCUAUUUAUCUUUCCUUUUUCUUUUCCAAGAUGUAACUACGGAUCAGACACUAAGGACCUUCACGUUUCGCUGAUGUAGUUUUUGGAGGAAAAAGGGGGGGGAGUGAAGGGCGUCGGUUUUUUUUUUGUGUGUGUGUGUGUUUCGGGGGAAAUUUUCCAUUAUGAGUGUUUUACUAAAGUGAAAUUUUUUUUUUGUUUGCUUCGUCUUUGGCUUUUUUUUUUUCCUUCCCAAUUUCGGAUUUAUUUCAAGGCGAAUCGGGCUUUGGGGGAAGAGGAAGAAAAGUCGGAUUCCAAGAUCAACCACCACCACCAACAACAAUAAAAACCACCAGGAUAUUUUUUUGCAAAUUUCUGACGGCUUUAAAUUCAUGAAGCAAUUGUCCCCUUUUGCAAUCAGCAUUUGGAUCUCAGAAUGAGCAAGGAAAGACCCAAGAGGAAUAUCAUUCAGAAGAAAUACGAUGACAGUGAUGGGAUUCCGUGGUCAGAAGAAAGGGUGGUACGUAAAGUCCUUUAUUUGUCUCUGAAGGAGUUCAAGAAUGCCCAGAAGAGGCAGCAUGGUGAAGGCAUUGCUGGGAGCCUGAAAGCAGUGAAUGGGCUCCUUGGUAAUGGCCAGUCUAAGGGAUUAGGACCAGCAUCAGAACAGUCAGAGAAUGAGAAGGACGAUGCAUCCCAAGUGUCCUCAACUAGCAACGAUGUUAGUUCUUCAGAUUUUGAAGAAGGGCCGUCGAGGAAAAGGCCCAGGCUGCAAGCACAAAGGAAGUUUGCUCAAUCCCAGCCGAAUAGUCCCAGCACAACUCCAGUAAAGAUAGUGGAGCCAUUGCUACCCCCUCCAGCUACUCAAAUUUCUGACCUCUCUAAAAGGAAGCCUAAGACAGAAGAUUUUCUUACUUUUCUCUGCCUUCGAGGUUCUCCUGCGCUGCCCAACAGCAUGGUAUAUUUCGGAAGCUCUCAGGACGAGGAGGACGUCGAGGAGGAAGAUGAUGAGACAGAAGACGUCAAAACAGCCACCAACAAUGCUUCAUCUUCAUGCCAGUCGACCCCCAGGAAAGGAAAAGCCCACAAGCAUGUUCACAAUGGACAUGUUUUCAAUGGUUCCAGCAGGUCAUCACGGGAGAAGGAACCUGUUCAGAAACACAAAAGCAAAGAGGCCACUCCGGCGAAGGAGAAGCACAGUGAUCCCCGGGCCGACGGCCGGAGGGAGCAGGCUUCCACGAGCCACCCCCCAGCGGCCCCCUCCGCGGGCUCCUCUGCCAGGGGGCUCCCCGCUCACCACCACCCCCCUCUGCAUCGGUCGGCUCAGGACUUACGGAAACAGGUUUCUAAGGUCGGCGGAGUCACUCGAAUGUCAUCUCUGGGUACCAGUGCAGCCAGUGCCAAAAAGAUGCGCGAAGUCAGACCUUCACCGUCCAAAACUGUGAAGUACACUGCAACGGUGACGAAGGGGACUGUCACAUACACCAAAGCCAAGAGGGAACUGGUCAAGGAAACCAAACCUAAUCACCACAAGCCCAGUUCAGCUGUCAACCACACAAUCUCAGGGAAAACUGAAAGUAGCAAUGCAAAAACCCGAAAACAGGUGCUAUCCCUCGGGGGGGCGUCCAAGUCCACCGGGCACACCGUCAAUGGCCUCAAGGUCAGUGGCAGGUUGAACCCAAAGUCAUGCACUAAGGAGGGCGGGGGGCGGCAGCUGAGGGAGGGUCUGCGGAACUCCAAGCGGAGGCUGGAAGAGGCGCCCCUGGGCGACAAGCCGCAGUCGCCCCCCAAGAAGAUGAAGGGGGAGGCGGGUGCUGCGGAGGGUCCCGGCAGGAAGGCGGCCCCGGCCCCCGCGGAGAAGGUGCCGCCUGGCGGCCACGGGAAGAAGGAGGUGCCCGAGCGGAGCCUGGAGAGGAACCGGCCGAAGCGGGUGUCGGCCGGCAAGGGCCCGCCGGGCAGACAAGCACACGGCAAGCCGGACGGCGCCCCCUGUGAAAAUCGUUCUACCUCGCAAUCGGAGCCCCUGCCCCGGCCGCACGAGGCGACGGCCAAGGCCGAGAAGGGGGCCGGCAGGGCCGGGUGGGCGGCCAUGGACGAGAUCCCCGUCUUGCGGCCGUCGGCCAAGGAGUUCCACGACCCGCUCGUCUACAUCGAGUCGGUGCGCCCUCAGGUGGAGAAGUACGGCAUGUGCAGGGUGAUCCCGCCCCCGGACUGGCGGCCCGAGUGCAAGCUCAACGACGAGAUGCGCUUCGUCACGCAGAUCCAGCACAUCCACAAGCUGGGUCGGCGCUGGGGCCCCAACGUGCAGCGGCUGGCCUGCAUCAAGAAGCACCUCAGAUCUCAGGGCAUCACCAUGGAUGAGCUCCCACUCAUAGGAGGCUGUGAGCUCGACCUGGCCUGCUUUUUCCGGCUGAUUAACGAGAUGGGCGGCAUGCAGCAAGUGACUGACCUCAAAAAAUGGAACAAACUAGCAGACAUGCUGCGCAUCCCCAAAACCGCCCAGGACCGGCUGGCCAAGCUGCAGGAGGCCUACUGCCAGUACCUGCUCUCCUAUGACUCCCUGUCCCCCGAGGAGCACCGGCGCCUGGAGAAGGAGGUGCUGAUGGAGAAGGAGAGCCUGGAGAGGCGCAAGGGGCCCCUGGAGGGCCACACGGAGCAGGACUACAACCGCUUCCACCCACUGCCCCGCUUCGAGCCCAAGAACGGGCUCAUUAACGGCGUGGCCCACAGGAACGGUUUCCGCAGCAAGCUGAAGGAGGUGGGCCCCGCGCAGCUCAAGACGGGGCGGCGGCGACUCUUUGCUCAGGAAAAGGAGGUGGUGAAGGAGGAGGACGACAGAGGCAUCCUCAGCGACUUCCACAAGUGCAUAUACAAGGGGAGGUCUGUUUCUUUAACGACUUUUUACCGAACAGCAAGAAAUAUCAUGAACAUGUGCUUCAGCAAGGAGCCCGCACCAGCUGAAAUCGAGCAAGAGUACUGGAGGCUCGUGGAGGAGAAGGACUGCCAUGUGGCCGUGCACUGCGGCAAGGUGGACACCAACACCCACGGCAGCGGCUUCCCGGUGGGAAAAUCAGAACCGUUUUCAAGACACGGAUGGAACCUCACCGUCCUCCCCAAUAACACAGGCUCCAUCCUGCGUCACCUUGGUGCUGUGCCUGGAGUGACAAUUCCCUGGCUAAAUAUUGGCAUGGUCUUUUCUACCUCAUGCUGGUCUCGAGACCAAAACCACCUUCCCUACAUUGACUACUUACACACUGGUGCUGACUGCAUUUGGUAUUGCAUUCCUGCUGAGGAGGAGAACAAGCUCGAGGACGUGGUGCACACCCUGCUGCAAGCCAACGGCACCCCCGGCCUGCAGAUGCUCGAGAGCAACGUCAUGAUCUCCCCGGAGGUGCUGUGCAGGGAGGGGAUCAAGGUGCACAGGACGGUGCAGCAGAGCGGCCAGUUUGUCGUCUGCUUCCCGGGAUCCUUUGUGUCCAAAGUGUGUUGCGGCUACAGCGUCUCUGAGACCGUGCACUUCGCCACCACCCAGUGGACGAGCAUGGGCUUCGAGACAGCCAAGGGACGUGACUGCCCCUUGCAGGAGAUGAAGCGUCGCCACAUAGCUAAGCCAUUCUCCAUGGAGAAGUUACUCUACCAGAUCGCACAAGCGGAAGCGAAAAAGGAAAACGGUCCCACUCUCAGUACCAUCUCAGCCCUUUUGGACGAGCUCAGGGACACGGAGCUGCGGCAGCGGCGGCAGCUGUUCGAGGCCGGCCUCCAUUCCUCCGCCCGCUACGGCAGCCACGAGGGCAGCAGUGCCGCGCCCGACGGGAAGAAAAAGCCUCGGAAGUGGCUGCAGCUGGAGACCUCGGAGAGGAGGUGUCAGAUCUGUCAGCACCUGUGCUACCUGUCCAUGGUCGUGCAGGAGAACGAGAAUGUGGUCUUCUGCCUGGAGUGUGCCCUGCGCCACGUGGAGAAGCAGAAGUCCUGCCGCGGCCUGAAGCUCAUGUACCGCUACGACGAGGUCAGUGCCUCGCGGGGUGGCAGCGGUCCCCUGCCCGCGUGGUCCAUGUCACAGCUCGUCGUGACCGCGUGCAGCCGGCCUGGUUCCAGGUGCCUUCUGGCCGGACGGUGCCUGACGUGGUGGGAAGGAACAAAUUAUCAGCCUGGUCAAUCAGAUCUGUGGCAAGGUAUCUGGUAAAAACGGCAGCAUUGAGAACUGUCUCGGUAAACCCACACCAAAAAGAGGGCCCCGCAAGAGAGCGACGGUGGACGUGCCGCCCUCCCGGCUCGCCGCUGCCUCCUCCUCGUGAAGACGCCAGCACCGUGGGCCGGGGAUAGAUAUUUUUCUGUAAUUAUUAUAUUCUAGUUUGGAGUACUGGCUGUAGGAUACAAGCUGUCUUUGCACUAGCUCUGAAGAAGAUUUUCUUCUGGUUUUAGAGAACUAAUUUUGUUUUAGCAUUAAACUGUUGAACUUUUUUUGUACUUAGAAUACCUAGAUACUGCAGUCAGAUUUUUGAAACUGCCGUAUAUUCACUGUUUUAAAACCCUUGAGGGGCUGUUAUUAAUUUGUAUCGCCCCUUGUGGCUGACAAAAGCCUUUUUGUUUGAUUUUUGUUUGUGUUUUUUUUUUUGUUUUUUUUUGUAAUUGUUGGGGGAAAAAAAGGCUUUUUUAACCCAGUUUUGAAGAGGGUAAAGUUUGGAGAACAAAUUUUAAAACCAUCAGUAAUGUGAGCAGAUUUUUUUCUAGAGAGGAAAAGGGAUAGGAGACACACACACACACACACACACACACACACACACAAAACUUGAAAGAAAUGGCUUUACUUUGGCUGUCUUUUCUUCUGUCAUGUGCAGGAUGAGUUUGUAAUUGUUAAAACCGGAGAAUCCCCAUUUUGUUUCUUUGGGCGGUUAUGGCAGCUGAAGGUGGACGUUGUUUCCUAACCAUAGGCAAAAUGAGGAGGUCGGAGUGACUAGGUUCUCUUUACCAGCACAUCACUAUGCAUCUGUUUAAGGAAAAAAAGGAAAGAGAAGAAAAAGACUGCCUGCCUUGGAGGGGGUCGCGUGAGGGAAACCUGUGCCUGAUUUCAUUAGGAAAUCCAUUCUGUUAUUUUUUGGUGCUGUUGGCUACUUUAUCAAAAAACCCUUCAAUAGCAUCCUUAAAACAAAAAAAGGAAAAAAGUGAUUGAAGCCGUUAAGUGCUUCUUCGUCAUGGAUGUGCAAUCUUUCUAACAUUCCGUCUUCAUCUCACAGCUUGUUGUUUUACACCUUCACAGGUCAGCAUUAAUCUUUCUUUUUAAACUCGUUCUGUUGGCGAUCACAUCUAGAGCCACUAGGAGGUCUGCCGUUCUUUUUGAAUGUGAAAAUGUAUCUGCGCUCAUCUGGUCUAGUUUUUCUCUUCAUGUUGUAACAAAAAGAAAAAAAAAAUCCCGUCCCUUUUGUACAUACGCCUGUAAAUUGUUUUAAAUACUUGAGCCUUUUUCUGGGUGGGGGAGGGGAGGGGGUGAGAAGACGAGAUGAAGAAAAGCCUUACACUUCAGUUUCUUCAUCGGUUGGAUUGGAUGCUUACAGGGUUUUUCUUGUAACAUUUAUAAGUGCUGCUUACAUCACUGAACAACAACAAAAAAAAUAAUAAUGGAGUAGCUGUUGCCCUUCUCCGGUUGUGUGUACAGUAUGUGUGGAAUAAAAAAGGGAAACUGUUUUCACAAGCUGUUCUUUGUUUCAUAAUUGGAUUCACCAAUCCCGCAGCUGCCCUUGUUGCACUGAGCUCGCCGGUGGGGCUGUCUUGUCAGGAGCGUCCUGUGACACUUUGUCGGUUGUCGUUGGCAGAAGACUGAACUGUGUUGGAAUAUUUAACAAUGACAUGAGCAGAGUCGUGUUUUCCAAUGUGCUUGUCCGGUUUUCAUGGCCUUGCUGUGUGUUCUUGCCCUCUUUUUGGACAGUGAACUUCUGCCUACGGCUUACGGUCUGACGUUUAAUUUAUUAGCGCUGCUCUGCACCCCUCCCCCGGGAGGGAAGACUUCAUGUUGUUUAUUGCCAGUUUUUUGUUUACUUUUCAGGUUUGUACUACAAGGUUUAAUAAUAAAAACAAAGUUUUUUGGACA